CCUCCCCUGUUUUCCACUCUCACGCAGUCCCCUUUUUCCCUCACCCUCUCUAAUCUCCCCUUAAACCACCUUCUGAUUCUUCUCCUCCUCCUCCUCCUCCUCCUCCUUCUUCCACCCUUUUCAAUGGCUGCUACUUCCUCAAUUUUGACUAAUUUCCUCCCAGGUCUCCUCCAGUCUCCCCUGACCUCCGUAUUGGGCUGCAAUUGCGACGACGAAGCCGGCACCUCCGGCAACCCCGGCGACGGGCCCUUGGUCUACAAAAUCGUGGCGAUUUGCACGAUCCUCGUCGCCAGUGGUCUCGGAGUCUCGCUCCCGAUCCUCGCAAGGAACGUGCCGACUCUGCACCCGGACAGCAAGCUAUUUUUCCUGAUCAAGGCGUUUGCCGCCGGGGUCAUUCUGGCGACCGGGUUCGUCCAUAUUCUCCCCGACGCGUUCGAGAGCCUUUCUAGUCCCUGCUUAAAGGAGAACCCUUGGGCGAGGUUCCCGUUCCCUGGGUUCGUGGCUAUGAUCUCGGCCGUGAUGACCAUGAUCAUCGAUACUCUGGCCACCAGCUAUUUUCAGGGCUCCGGUUUUAGAAGCGACAAGGGGGUUUCGUCCGUUGCUAAUCAUAACGAUGGUGGUGGCGAUUUGGAGACCAGUGCAGGGAUGGAAUCUCAUGAGGCUCAUGUCCAUGUUCAUACGCACGCUACUCAUCAUGGUCACUCUCAUGGCUCUGCUUUUGCUGCUGCUGCUGCUUCCCAGGAUGAUUCCCCUGCCUCCUCUGAUCUUCUCCGGCACAGAGUUGUUUCCCAGGUUCUGGAACUGGGGAUUGUGGUUCACUCAGUGAUCAUAGGGAUAUCAUUGGGAGCUUCAGGGAGCACGAAAACAAUCAAGCCACUGGUGGCAGCGCUGACGUUCCACCAAUUCUUCGAAGGGCUAGGCCUGGGCGCGUGCCUGUCACAGGCGAGCUUCAGGCUGCGGGUGGUGGCUAUGAUGGUGGCAUUCUUCUCGUUCACCACGCCUAUCGGCAUCGCGGCGGGGAUAUGCAUAUCACGCAUUUACAGCGAGAACAGCCAGACGACUCUGGUGGUGGGUGGGCUGAUGAACUCUGCCUCGGCCGGGAUUCUGAUAUACAUGGCCCUCGUCGAUUUGCUGGCGCACGAUUUCGGCAGCCCUAGAUUGCUCGGCAACUUGCGGUUGCAGCUUGGAGGGUACGUCUCUCUUCUUCUGGGCAUGAUUUCCAUGUCUUCCUUGGCCGGAUGGGCGUAAAAAGAGUGCAAGGUGCAAGUCGUAUAAAGCAUAUAUCAAGUUAUCAACCAUUCUUUUUGGUCUUUGGAGCCACAACCGGCACCGGCAGGGCAGCCGACGGCAAGUUUUUAGCUACUUGAACUUGAACAUGGCACAAGGGAUCAACUUCCCUAAGGCAAGAAAUGGAAGGAAGCCAUGGAAGAAAGGGAUCAAGAAGACAUGUAGAUCGAGGCUGAAUUUACUGGUUCACCGUAGUUAUAGAUCAUAUGUUGCAGAAGAAGAACCUUAAUAUGCAUAUUGGUGCUAGUAAAUUAAUCUAGCCAUAUACCCAAUUGUAUCAAAUGUGUUGCAGAGUUUUGUAUCGAAAUUGAAUGUGAAGGGGCGCAUAGGAUUCGGGGAGAUUUUGUUCGGUCACUCAGUCACCUGAACUAGUCUAGAAUGAUGUAUGCAUGUCAAAGUGACUUCCAUCAGUUUGACGAGGUUAAUUUCCAGCUUAGCUGGAUGCAGAUGGAGCAAAUCAUUCUCUUGUUCAACUGCAGUACCACUUUUUUGGCCAUAUGUAUUUGACGAGAAACCUUCAAUCAAAAUUUAUUUAUAUCAGA